AUGUUGCCAGGAGGGUCGAUCGCGCUGGCGCACCCCGCGGUCGACGCCGAGACGCGCCUGCUGGUGCUCCCGCACCCCAGCAGCGGCGCGCCGACGUACUUUAGCACGCCUGCAGAAGGCGAACACGAGAUGUACGAGCUGCUCGUCGUGCGCGCCGAAAAGCCGAGCGCACGGAGCUGGAUGGUGGCCGCCCGCGAUGCGCACGCGGGCGGCAGCGUGCUCGCAGACGGCGCGCUGCGUGUCCUCUCGCCCAUCGACCCCGUAUUUGUGCUGCUCGGCCUCCUCGCCGAGAGCGACGCGGAGCGCCGUUUCUGCCCCGCCGACGACCUGGCCGAGGCUGCGGCCGAGCGGCACGCCCAGCGGCGCGCGACCGAAGGCAGCGUGCGCCCCUGGCCGGACAUUGCGCCGUUUCUACUACAUCCCCGCAUGGCAGCGCACCUCCAGCGCAUCUGCGAUACCCAAGACGAGCCGUCGGCGAGCGACGGACUCGUGUACCGGCUGAGCUAUGACAAGAUCGGUGCGCUGCUCUCGGACAAGUGCGCGCGCCUCGCGCAGUCGGCCGUGCACGACGCUGCGCCCGAGACGCUCGGGCGCCAGGUGCGCAAAGAGCUCGCCGAUGCGCAGCAUGCGAGCGACGCCGAAAUCCGCGCCGCGCAAGAAUCCGUCGCGCGGCGUCUGGUGCAGAGCUACCUUCCGCCGGCGGUCGCAGGGCGAUGGGUGUCGUAG